AUGAAAUUCUUAUCUUCGCUCGUCCUGCUGGUCUCCGCCGCUGUGGCCAACCCCAUUCUUCGUACUCGCGAUACCGAGAACUUCCAUCUCAAGACCACUGGCGCCAGCAACUCAGCACAUAACGACCUCUAUGUCUACGGCUACCACACCGGUGCUGGAUUAAACGAUGCUGUUCUCACCUCGGAUGUCGGUACCGCAAGCCCAGCCUUCCUGAACGGCACGAAUGUCCAAUUCAGUCUCGACACGCCUUUUCCUUGGGGACUGGUAAUGCGACCACAGAACAACUACGGCGCGUGGGAGCCGGUCGAGAUCAACACGGGAUAUGGUAGCGGUAGGUUCUCCAUCAAUGAGGACGGCUUGAAUUGGUCGGAACAGCAGGGAUUUGGCGGCUGGUUGGUCUGCGACUGGUACCACAAUGCGCCCCAGCUCUUCUAUCUAUUCAAGAACUCCAACAGGCAGCCUAUCAUUCCCUCCUCCUGCAGCACAGUUCAACUCGCCGUCGAGCCUGUUUCCUAA